GUGCAUAGUCACUUCCGGGUGCCGUCGCUAAAGAUCCAGUCAGCAGCCUUAUCUCCUGGCUAGUGGCGCUCCGGGAGCUAGUUGAACAACAAGAAAUCUUUCGCGGCUCCUAUUAAUUCCUUAUCGUAUUAAUUGGCAUGCCCAGGUUGGGUUUGUGAAGUAGUUGAUAUAGUCCAGAGCUGAUCAGAGCCCAGCGGGGUGGCUAGGCUGGAUCAGACCCUGCCUAUGAACCACAGCAGAGCUACUCAGGGCAGACAGGAGCCUUAAGAUGGCUCAGGAAGCUGAUCUGCGAUCAGUGCGUCUGGAGGUGGAAGGCAUGACGUGUGGCUCAUGUGUCCAGUCCAUAGAACAGCGAGUUGGAGCACUGCCUGGAGUCGUCCACAUUAAGGUGUCCCUGGAGCUGAGGAGUGCCGCGGUGCUGUUCGACCCCAGCCUCCAGAGCCCGGCGUCUCUGUGCGAGGCGGUGGAGGACAUGGGCUUCGAGUCCAGCCCGCCGGACCCCAGCUCCGCCGAGCCGGUCCCCACGGAGACCCUGCUGCUGCCCGCCCCGGAGCUGGGGCCCGGGGCCGCCCAGGAGGCCCUGGCCCGGCUGUCCCGCGUCCAGGGGGUGCUGGACGUCAGGGAGAGCGCCGGGGGUCUCUCCGUCGUCUUCGUGCCCUCCCUGACCACCGCGCCCCAGCUGGGGGAGGUGGUGACGGGCGUGGCCACGGUGCCGGAGACCCCCGCCUCCGCCAGCCCCGCGCGCCGUGCCUCCCCCCCCUCCUCGUCCUCCUCCCCCCCCUCCCCGUCCUCCUCCCUCUCCCCCCCGCCGCCGCCGCGCAGCGCGGGGUCGGGCGUGGCGCUGGUGAAGCUGUCCGUCGAGGGCAUGACCUGCCAUUCCUGCAGCACCACCAUCGAGGGGAAGGUGGGGAAGCUGAAGGGGGUGCAGAAGAUCAGAGUGGCUCUGGAGUCCCAGGAGGCCACCGUCGUCUACCUGCCCUACCUCAUCACCGUCCAGACCAUCAUCGACCAGGUCGCCGUGGCCGGCUUCAAGGCCGUCGCCCGGUCCAAGCCACGCCCCCUGAAGCUGUCUCCCAGCGAGCUGGAGCGUCUGGUGGACGCCCAGCGGCCGACGGAGCCGCCGGAGCCGUCGGAGGAGGCGGAGGUCUUCGUGGACUUGGUUGCCGUGGCGCUGCGGGUUGGGGGCAUGCACUGCCGCUCGUGCGUGGUCAACAUCGAGGGCAGCGUGGGCGGGCUCCCGGGGGUGUCCUCCGUGGCGGUCUGCCUGGAGACGGGGAAGGCGUCCGUCUGCUACGACCCGCUCAGCGUCACCGUGCCCCGGCUGCGGCAGGCCAUCGAGGCCCUGCCCCCGGGGACGUUCACCACCCAGCUCUGGGGCUCCGGCGGGCCCCUGAGCCCCCCCGCCGCGUCCCGCUCCCCGGCGCUGUCCCGGACGGUGGAGGUCCGCAUCGAGGGGAUGACGUGCGGCUCGUGCGUGCGGUCCAUCGAGGGGACGCUCUCGCAGCGCAGCGGGGUGCGGUCGGCGCGCGUGUCCCUGGCGGAGCACCGAGGGACGUUCGAGUACGACCCGCUGCUCACCGGCCCUGAGGACCUGAGGGAGGCCGUGGAGGACAUGGGCUUCGACGCCUUCCUGACGGCGACCAACAGCCUGGUGCCGCUGGCCUGCCCCAACCCGCUGAUGAGCCCCGAGCCUCUGAAGGAGAAGGAGGCGGAGAGCGAGAAGGAGGGCACGCCGGGGGGGAAGGGCGGCCCCCACUCCAAGUGCUACAUCCAGAUCGGAGGCAUGACCUGCGCUUCCUGCGUGGCCAACAUCGAGCGCAACCUCAAGAACGAACCCGGCAUCUACUCGGUGCUGGUGGCCCUGAUGGCCAGCAAGGCGGAGGUGCGCUACAACCCCGACGUCACGGAGCCGCUGGACAUCGCCGAGUGCGUGCGGGAGCUGGGCUUCACCGCCUCGGUCAUGGAGAACUACGAGGGCUCGGACGGGAGCCUGGAGCUGGUGGUCAGAGGCAUGACGUGCGCCUCCUGCGUGCACAAGAUUGAGUCCAGCCUCAUGAAGCAGAAGGGGAUUAUCUACGUGUCCGUUGCCCUGGCAACCAACAAGGCGCACGUCAAGUACGACCCCGAGGUGACGGGGCCCCGAGACGUGAUCCGGUGGCUGGAGAGCCUGGGUUUUGAAGCUUCACUGGUGAAGAGGGACCGAACAGGAAGUCACCUGGACCAUAGCACUGAGAUACAGCAGUGGAGGAAGUCCUUCCUGGUCAGCCUGUUCUUCUGCGUGCCGGUGAUGGGCAUGAUGAUGUACAUGAUGAUCGUGGACCACCAGAUGCAGACGGCCCACCACCACAACGCCUCGGCCGAGGACUACGUCCACGACCACUCCUCCAUGUUCCUGGAGCGCCAGCUGCUCCCGGGGCUCUCCGUCAUGAACCUGCUCUCCUUCCUCUUCUGUGUGCCCGUGCAGUUCAUCGGCGGACGGUACUUCUACGUGCAGGCCUACAAGGCCCUGAAGCACCGCUCGGCCAACAUGGACGUGCUGAUCGUGCUGGCCACCACCAUCGCCUUCACCUACUCGCUGGUGGUGCUGCUGGUGGCCAUGGCGGAGCAGGCCAAGGUCAACCCCAUCACCUUCUUCGACACGCCGCCCAUGCUCUUCGUCUUCAUCUCGCUGGGCCGCUGGCUGGAGCAGAUAGCCAAGAGCAAGACGUCAGAAGCUCUUUCCAAGCUGAUGUCACUGCAGGCCACAGAGGCGACCGUGGUCACGCUCAACAGCGACAAGUCUGUCCGGAGUGAGGAGCAGGUGGACGUGGAGCUGGUGCAGAGGGGCGACGUGGUGAAGGUGGUCCCCGGGGGGAAGUUCCCCGUGGACGGGCGCGUCAUCGAGGGACACUCCAUGGCGGACGAGUCUCUCAUCACAGGCGAGGCCAUGCCGGUCACCAAGAAGCCGGGCAGCACGGUGAUCGCCGGCUCCAUCAACCAGAACGGCUCCCUGCUGAUCAGCGCCACCCACGUGGGCCUGGACACCACCCUGUCCCAGAUCGUCAAGCUGGUGGAGGAGGCCCAGACCUCCAAGGCUCCCAUCCAGCAGUACGCCGAUAAGAUCAGCGGUUACUUCGUGCCAUUCAUCGUGGUCGUGUCGCUGCUCACGCUCUGCGCCUGGAUCCUCAUCGGCUUCCUCAACUUCCCUCUGGUCCAGAAGUACUUUCCGGGCUACGACAAGAGCAUCUCUGAGGCGGAGGCGGUGGUGCGCUUUGCCUUCCAGGCCUCCAUCACGGUGCUGUGCAUCGCGUGCCCCUGCUCGCUCGGCCUGGCCACGCCCACCGCCGUCAUGGUGGGCACGGGCGUGGGCGCACAGAACGGCAUCCUCAUCAAGGGGGGCGAGCCCCUGGAGAUGGCCCACAAGAUCCAGACGGUGGUGUUCGACAAGACGGGCACCAUCACCUACGGCGCCCCUGAGGUGGUGCAGCUGAAGAUCGUGGUGGAGGCCAACCGCAUGCCCCGCUCCCGGCUGCUGGCCGUGGUCGGCACGGCGGAGAACAGCAGCGAGCAUCCCCUGGGGUCCGCCAUCACCAAGUACUGCAAGCAGGAGCUGGGCAGUGAGUCGCUGGGCGCCUGCUCCGACUUCCAGACGGUGGCAGGCUGCGGGAUCCGCUGCCUGGUCAGCAGCGUCGACAACCUGCCGAGGAGCGAGGACGACAACAACCAGCGCAACGGCAUCCUGGUGCAGAUCGGCGACACGCGGACCCCCACCGCGACCCACCCCCUCAUCAUGGACCCAGAGCCCCUCACCCUCGUCCAGUCAGCCUCCUACACCGUCCUGAUCGGGAACCGCGAGUGGAUGACGCGAAACGCGCUGCCCGUGCUGCCCGACGUCGACGAGGCCAUGGUGGAGCACGAGCGCAGCGGACGCACCGCGGUGCUGGUGGCCGUCGACGGCCUGCUGUGUGCUAUGAUCGCCGUGGCCGACACGGUGAAGCCGGAGGCGGAGCUGGCGGUCCGCACGCUGAACCUCAUGGGCCUGGAGGUCAUCCUGAUGACCGGCGACAACAGCAAGACGGCCCGGGCCAUCGCCGCCCAGGUGGGCAUCAGGAAGGUGUUUGCGGAGGUGCUGCCCUCCCACAAGGUGGCCAAGGUGGAGCAGCUGCAGCGCUCGGGGAAGCGGGUGGCCAUGGUGGGCGACGGCGUCAACGACUCCCCCGCACUGGCCAUGGCCGACGUGGGCAUCGCCAUAGGAACGGGCACGGACGUGGCCAUCGAGGCGGCGGACGUGGUGCUGAUCAGGAACGACCUUCUGGACGUGGUGGCUAGCAUCGACCUCUCCAUGAAGACCGUCAAGAGGAUCCGCAUCAACUUCGUCUUCGCGCUCAUCUACAACCUGGUCGGCAUUCCCAUCGCCGCCGGUGUGUUCAUGCCCGUCGGCCUGGUGCUGCAGCCCUGGAUGGGCUCCGCUGCCAUGGCGCUGUCGUCCGUCUCCGUGGUGGUCUCCUCCCUGCUGCUCAAAUGUUACGCCAAGCCCACCGCGGAGAAGCUGGAGGCCCAGCUGGGCAACGUGAAGCGCCGGCCGGGCAGCCUGUCGGACGUCAGCGUCCACAUCGGCAUGGGCGACCUGCGGCGCGCCUCGCCCAAGCUCAGCCUCCUGGACCGCAUCGUCAACUACAGCCGCGCCUCCAUCAGCUCGCUGCGCUCGGACAAGCUCUCCAUCCACAGCCUGGCGCUCAGCGAGCCCGACAAGCACUCGCUGCUGGUGGGGGAGUCGCUCUGCGACGAGGAGUUUGUGUAGACCUCGACGGGCGGCGGAGUCGAGCGUCCGGCCUCAGGACGAAGGGCGCCAGGGCGGACCGCCGGCGCCGCCGGUUAGUAUGUUGGUGGGGGUCAGACGGCCGUCUCGUCUACUGCGGGUUUAGGCCUACCGCGACGGGGUGUCUCGUCCCCCGGUAGAGGGGUAGAGGCGGUAUGGGGGGGGCGUCGUAACCCUGAGUCUAGCUUCCACAGCAGGGAGCCGGGAGCCCAGAACGGUCCGACCAAAAGGUUACGCUCACCUCGUGGCUUUGGGGGCCCUGCGCGUACCACCCUGAAUAUCUCUCUCUAUCCAAAGACACACAGGGCGGCCUCGUGAGGGUGGGAACGGAGAAAUGUUAUACCAAUGCUGUAUAUUAGAAGAGAGUAUUUAUAUAACCCUUAUUUAUCAAUUUUGUUUUAUGUGUCGGAAAUGAAGUAAUAUUUGUCAGUACAGAUGCCUUUGCUCGAUUUCUAUGUUCCAAAAAAGGAAGAAGUACCUACCUAUGAAUCAUGUAAAAGUCUAAGAAGUGAUGAUCUUGCUUUAGAAUUCUUUUAAUCUUGAUUUGAAAAUGAGGUGUGAUUUACAUAUAUCCUAAGUGCCAGUUUUUUAAGCCGCCACAGCUAUCAACACAUUCCAAAGAUUACACCACGGCGACCAGUGGGACCCAGGUUCCUCGAACUGAAUGUGCAGAAACUCAACCUUUCUGUCGGUAACUUGGCCUUCCAGUAGCAGGAUGUUAUUCCGUAGUGCCACGUGUGAGCAUUGAGCCUUGAGCCUGAAGCAGACGCCUUUGUAGAAGAAAACGUAGGACAAUCGUUCAAACCGUAGCCUUGAACUAGAGGCUUGGGAUUUCAUUUUUUCCCCCCUAGACCGCUUUCAAUGCUGUAUUCCUUCAAGGAAUGUGAUCAUUCACUUUGAAUAAAUUGAAGCUCCAUCAAAAUUUUAUCAAAGUAUGCAACUGGUUUUUUGUAACGUACAUAAAAUCAUUUCUUUUUCUAUUGUUUAUCAAACUUUCUCUUGUCAGUGUCCCCUAAACCCAACAGUGCCAUGUGUGAAAGAAAGAAAAUACGCAUUUGUGUUCAUCUUAAAGAUUCAAACAAAUCAAAAUAGUGUACAGUUUUCAUUAUCAACGUGUAAUUUUGCCCCUACUGCUGAUAAUUGAAAAUAGGUUUUGGUUCAUGGGUUAAAACUCAGUAGCAAGACAGAACAGAUUUCCAGGUCAGCGCGAGACUAUUCAGCCUUAAGGUGAUUUGUCUCGAACUUGUUUGACGGGGUCUGUUUAGGAAUGGCAGGGUCCACAUAUUAACGCUACAAGUUACUCCGGCGGUUGUUUGAAAUUCCUUUUCUUCUGCACUAUAGAGUGAUACUGCUGUAUGGAGAGUGCCUACUUCAUGACGUAUAUUCUGUUUCUGUAACCGAGUCAGCGGUAGGUCCGUACCGAAACACGCUAAUGAUGCGCUAUGUCCGUGUUAGAAGUGUUUUCUCGUGUUAGUCAUGUUGUCCAUAUUUAUAUUUCGAUGUCUUCAAAUAAAGGUUUAUUCUGCCAUGA